CGAUUUUUGAGUAAAAUCGUGCUCAUCCUCCCUCAGUCCUGUGCUUUUGCUGUUGGUGUUGGUAACAGUGCAUUAAAAGGAGGUGUGAGUGAGCGAGAGUAGCGAGAGGAGAGAGAGAGAGAAUGGCCAUGGCCCUACCAUCAAGUUUGUUUUCAUUCGCGGCACGCGUGAUAGGCCUUCGUCAAACCAACGGUACCCGCUGGCUCCAUGGGGCGAAAGGAACUCUUUUCUCUGUGAGAGGCGCUGGAGAGACGGCGCUCCAGUCUGAUCAGCAACUCUCUAAUUUUGAAGAUGAAGAUUUAUCUACCCCUGAUAUUGAAGUGGAUGAUACCUUAGAGCAUAAGGAUUUUUUUGGAGUCAGAAAGUUAUGCACACCUUCGCUACUGUUUCAGCACAAAGUGCAUUUCGGUCACAAGGCAACAUCCCUUGAUCCAAGAAUGAGACAAUUCGUUUAUGGAAUCAGGUCAAACCAUGUUAUUUUCGAUCUAGAUAUUUCAAAUUUCCAUCUUCAGGAAGCAUUAAACAUAGCUGCACAUGUUGCUCUACGAGAUGGUAUAAUACUCUUUGUCGCUCGGUUGCCCCAUUGUGCCAACCUCAUUGAGCAGACAGCGAAGGAUUGUGGGGAGUAUGCUCAUGUAAGACAAUGGAAAAUGGGAUGUCUUACCGACAUCAGCAAAUACCAGAAGAUGGAAUGUCGCCUUCCUGAUCUCGUUAUUUUGCCAUCUACAGUAAGCGAAUUUGGAUCAGAACAUCCAGUUGUGGCAGAAGCAGCUAAACUUAACAUACCUACAAUUGGCAUUGUUGAUUCUAAUUGUAAUCCUAAUAUGAUUACCUAUCCUGUUCCUGGCAAUGAUGAUACUCUUACAACUAUUCAACUGUAUUGCUCCCUUUUUAAAGAAGCAAUCUUAAGAGGAAAAGCAGAGCGAGCAAAUCGUCUUAAGCUAUUAGAGGAAGAAUUAUCAAAAGAUCAAGAAACAAGAUUAAGCAAAUUAAAAUCAAUGUCUUUAAAGUUAAAUAAAUGAAAACUUUAUUUCAAAAAAAGCAUUUGUGUUAUUGUAAUUGUUUCAUGUAGAGACUUAUGUGUUUUAUAAUCAAUAUUAAACUUGUUUCUGUUUGCCAAAUGAAAACUUCAAUCAUUGAUCUUAUUUUGUCUACACAAAAUUCAGUCUUGUUUAUUCAUGGCAGCAAAAUGUUAUCUUGGAACAAAAUUUGUUUCAAUUUUUGUAAGUGUUAAAAAAUAUGAGAUUAUAUUCACCUUUGCAACAUUUUA